UCUCCGACAACCUCUUUUUUCCUCUUUCCCAUCCUUGGAAUUCCAUCAGAGGAGGAAGGCAGCAGCUCUUUCAAUCUUUCAAUCCAAAUCAAAAUGAAACAUAGCUCUUUCAGUUUUCUCCCUGCCAAUAGGAGGCUCUCGGGCUAUAGAGAAGGGACGUCGGUAGACCGCACAAGAACUUCGGUCAGGUCACCGACGGCCUGCGGAAGAAGCUUAAGGAUUUGAUAUGGACUUCCAGGAGCUGAGGCAGCAGAUGAUGGCAGAUUAUAAGGAGAUGGUGAGCUGCCAAUAUUUCACUGUAACAAGGGAAUAACCGGAGGAAGAGGUGAUAGAGAAGAUUAUAUCGAGUGGGGGAGGAACGAGAGGGGAGGAGCUGCUGCAAAGGGCGGCGAGUAUGUGAAGGACGGGAUGUGCGACCUCAGAACUGCUAAGAACUAUCAGAAGAGCAGUAGGAAGUGGAUGUGUGUGGGGUUGAUUCUAGUCCUGAUUCUCAUCGUAUUUUGGUGGUCAUUCCCAUCGCCACCGGUUUCAGUCAUUCCUAAUAUGCUAAAAUCUUUAUUUUAAGGCUGUUGUUUCUUUUGAUUUAUUGACUUGUAUUUCUUUUUCAGGUGGGGAAUGGGGGAGGAAGGCUCUAGUAAAGAACAGUUGCCGGAAAAAUAGAAGGAAUAUUCUGAAAAAAUGGGAAUAGCGCCGCUGCAACCGUAAAGGUUUACAUUCUUUUGAUAUAUAUUUUUUUUUUGCUCCGAGCCUCUGACAAAAAACAACAAAUGUGAAUAAGAUGCACGAUUGAGGGCAAAUAAAGUAUUUUACAAAUUCAUCGAAUGACGUUUCAAAGGUAAUUUCAUAAAUAUAGACGUUUUCCGUCUGGGUCAUUGACGGAAGGGAGGUUCUGUCGAGUUCUUUAAAAAUAGAAGGGAGCUUUUUGCUAGAAUGAAACUACAUGGGAGCUUUUUAUGAUUGUCAGAACGUGUAGAGGAGUUUUUUGUAUUUUACCCGCAUAACAGCAAAUUAGUAUCAGCUGCCGACACUUGUUCCCGAUAUCUCCUGCUUCCAGUCAGUGGCCUCAUCCUGUCAUCCACCUCCACCUCUUUCUUUCUGUUCCCAUGCACAGUAGGGAAAGAGAAAGCGAAGGAGAGAGAGAGAGACAGAGAGGGAGCUUCAGAUUUGGAUGAUAUCUACAUAUUCCGGCACAUGGCGGACUUAAUUGGACUUUCGAAUUGCCGUUUCUGGUGAAGAUUUGGAGAAUCAAUUCCAGCUUCCCCUCUUUCCCGGGUUUCAGUCGUCUACAGUGAUUGUAACCGUAAUCUUUUUUUCUUUUGUGCUCUGCAAUCCGCGCUCUGGCUGAAAUUUCUACUGCAAUUAAUCUGUCCGCGCUCUGGCUGAAAUUUCUACUGCAAUUAAUUUGUCCGCGCUCUGGCUGAAAUUUCUACUGCAAUUAAUCUGUCCGCGCUCUGGCUGAGAUUUCUACUGCAAUUAAUCUGUUUAAACCAUGAGGUGUUUCUCUGGUAAAUUCGCCAAUCUUCGUGAAAGCAAUCUCCCUUUUCCUUUUCUCUUGGUGAGAAGUUACCGAAAUUGAUCUCUUUCUCAACCUUUUGAAUAUAGUAUCUCGUUUUCCGACUUUCUGUUACUCUACUUGUGGAUGUUGGCUUUGAAUUAGGAGCCUGAAAACGUUCCUUGAAAGCGCUUCGAGUCUGUUAUUCGGUUUGAAUUUGCAGGAAUUUCAGUUAUUGAAGUAAUUCUUUCGUGUUUGUCUCUCACGUUAAUUUCCUUUCUCCUGGACAGCCGUUUCCAGUCUGUUGAAACUCAUCAGCUCCUCUGUUUUGUCCAUUUCUGUGGUAGUCUUGAAAUUUGCUUCUCUUGUUGCAUCCUUUGUAAUUUGAAAUUAAUUGAAUGAAUAAUCAUUGAUUUGCUGCUUAUUAUGAGGAGAGAAACAGAGCGGAAUUUGAUUCUGCGUUAAUGAGUUGAGCAUUUCAAUUCUUCGAAAUAAAACCAGUCUCCUUUUGUGGAAAUUAAUAAUCAAACUUCAAAGAUGAUGCACGCGAAGUCCGACUCCGAUGUUACGAGUUUAGCCCCUUCGUCGCCAUCAAGGUCUCCGAAGAGGCCUGUUUACUAUGUACAGAGCCCUUCGCGGGACUCUCACGAUGGAGACAAGUCCUCUUCCAUGCAAGCGACUCCCAUUUACAACAGUCCAAUGGAAUCUCCCUCGCACCCGUCCUUCGGACGGCACUCGAGGGCUUCUUCUUCGAGUCGGUUCUCGGGGAUGUUUAGAUCUUCUUCUGGGCGGAAGGCAAACCGGAAAAGGAACGAUAAGGGUUGGCCGGAGUGCAACGUGAUCCAAGAAGAAGGAUCUUACGAUGAUAUUGAUGGUGAAAAGGGUCUUUCUCGUCGUUGCCAAGUCUUGAUAGCUCUCUUGGUCUUCGUUCUGUUGUUCACUGUGUUUUCUCUUAUUAUCUGGGGUGCCAGUCGGCCUUACAGAGCAAAGAUUGUUGUGAAGAGCAUGGCUGUAAACAAUUUCUAUUCUGGUGAGGGAUCAGACUCCACAGGUGUCCCGACCAAGUUGUUGACAAUGAACUGUUCCUUGAAACUAAGCAUAUAUAACCCUGCUACAAUGUUUGGCAUUCAUGUUAGCUCUACACCUGUCAACCUCAUCUUUUCAGAAAUUACAGUUGCAACUGGCCAGUUGAAGAAAUACUAUCAGCGUAGAAAAAGUCAUCGUAUUGUAUCUGUGACACUGGAAGGAAAUAAGGUUCCUCUAUAUGGGGCUGGAGCAAGCUUGGCAAUCUCUGAUAACAGCGGUGCAGUUCCGUUGACGUUGGAGUUGGAAAUCCGAACACGGGGAGAUGUGGUGGGGAAGCUGGUGAAGACAAAACACAGGAGGCAUAUCUCUUGCCCUGCAGUCAUCGAUCCUAGUAGCACCAAACCCAUCAAGUUCAAAGAGUAUUCAUGUACAUACGAUUGAACUCAACUUCAUCCCAGGAUUGAGCUCAUGACUUGAUUGGAUGAUGGCAUUGGCUUGAACCUUAAAAUUGUUGAUUAUAGACAGUGACAGCGGUCCUGCUUCCCAAGGGGCGAAAUUCUUCUACUCUAGGACGUUUCAGUUGUUUGACUGAGAUGAUGGUUGUAAGAGCUUCAUGUAUUAAUGCCUUUAUUGGAAGGUUUGUUCAAUACUGGAAAUGAUAAUAAUGCAGUAAAUUCUUCUUCUUCUUCC